UAUGUCGCGGAACCCGGAAGUAAAUACGAGUGGCUGUCGUCAAGCUGUAACCCGCCGUGUACAAAUUCAGGCUCCGCGCUAAUGGCUGUAGACUGGAUUGGGUUCAGCUAUGCAGCCCUGGUGCUGUAAGGGGGGGUCAUGGGCUACGUGAAAGCAGGGAGCGUCACUUCACUGGCUGCAGGGCUGCUCUUUGGAUUCAUGGCUGGGUUUGGCGCUUACCAGACGUCUGGAAACCCCAGGAAGGUCUGGGUUUCACUAGGUACCUCGGGGACCCUGGCUGUUGUGAUGGCGGUGAGGUUUUUCAGCUCCUGGAAGUUCAUGCCGGCUGGUCUGGUGGCUUUGACAAGUGUUCUGAUGCUGGGGAAGAUUGUCUUUGGAAUGCUGAACAGACCACACGAACCUUAAAACGUAUCAAAUGUUUGUUUUUGUCAUUUACAUAAGUUGAACCGAUGGCAGCAUGAAAAAAAAAACCACGAUCAAAAUGUGUACUGAAAUUACUGCUGAACAUUCCUUCAUAGUGCCCCCCCCCCCCAUUGCAUCAUGGCUUCACAUGAAUAAUGGGGAUACACAAUGUCAAUAUCAUCAAGUAGGGUUAUAUGUAACAAAACUGGAUUUGGGUCUUUCCAGAUUUUUAGGAGAACGGAUAAGUUUCCUGAGCACAAAAUCUGUUUGCUUAUAAUAACUUAAAAUUGUUUUGGAGUAAGUUUGGGAAGGACUUGUUUCCUUAAAAGCUUUUGUGAUGGUUUAUCACUUGUAUAAUUAUUGUUAUUAUUGUGAGUAUCGUUAUUAAUCGACCUGUACGUUUGUGGACAAAGACGAUGAUUCCAUGACAGUUUUAGGAAACAUGACCCAAGAGCUUUCUCAUUUUUUCUACUUUAAUCAAUAAAGUCU